AUGACCCAGUAUAUCGCAGCGCAUUGGCGUCUACUUCGCCGCCGUCUGGACGGACUGAGAAGAUUUCGCCCACUUGAUGUAUCGCUCAAACUCCUCAACGAUAUCGUAAUCUGGGACAGUGUCCCUACCGUAGUAGAGCGAUUCCGGAGCCCGGCGUUUGGCAUACAGAGAUCCCCACCACUGCGAGCAAGUCGAGGUAAUAGCCCAGGCGUAAUACAUGGGCAAUCUCUCGUAGAUCUCAAGAGACCAAGUAGCCCCGCGACUCUGCACAUCAGGCGACAGGGAGAGGAUGUGCGCAUCAACGAAGCGGGCCUCGCCUCUCCGAACCUCCACGUCGUACCGGUACUGGAGGGCCGCGACGCAGAGCUCUAUGUCGUCCAUGACCGCGCCCAGCAUGAAGGCAUAGAGGGGCGGCAUCGUCUUCAGGAGGAGCCGGUUCAUGCACUCGGUCUUCACGAGCCGGAGCAGCCCCUCGCACUCAUACUUUCGCAGAAACUCGACAGUGUCGCACAUGACGACACAGUGCUCGAACGUCGUCACGGCCAGAAAGGUCAUCCGUCUCAGGAGCUGGCGGUAGACACGCACUACGGGGGCGCGCUCAAGGUCGGUGUCCGUGAACUCGAUCCGCUUCUGCCCGUCGUCGCAUGUUUAGGACGCGGACCUGAACACCUCGCUAGGGAAGUCAGCUGCCGGGCCGUCCUGAGUUGA